AUGGAUUUUGGCGAAGAAUGCCUCUCCCCAAGCAAGACGGACGCGUCUAGUUCAAUAUCCUCAGUGGAAGACAGCAGUGUUCUAUCUACCGGCACCUCGGACACGGAUGUUGAAUCUCUUCUCGACGCGUCAGUUGACCUUCGUCAUCAAGAGAAAGUCUUGGAAGAGCCUCCCGCAGUGCGUGAAGCAGUAACGGAAGAAAUUAGAUCUAUGCUGAUAUCAGUGCCUCCGGAAAUACUCAGAGGAAAAUACACUACUCUCCCAGGUGAACGGCCAAAGCCCGGACUUGACAGAUCACUUCCACCAAUCUGUAAAAUUGAAGAGAUUUUUGAAGAUCUCACUGCUCAAGCAUUGAAGAAUGGCUUUAAUUCCUUCCUUGACCAUAUUGGUUCUCAUGAACUACGCGUCGCUACUAUGUGUUCGGGCACUGAAUCUCCCUUGCUUGCUCUAGAGAUGAUACAAAACAGUCUUCGGCAACUUGUUGGCAAAACAUUUCGCCUCCAUCACUUAUUUAGUGCAGAAAUAGACGCGUUCAAGCAAUCCUAUAUACAAAGGAAUUUUGCGCCAGAAAUCAUAUUCAGAGAUGUUAAUGAACUGGUUGCGGAUGAAGCAACUACUGCAUUCGGAUCAGUGAGAAAAGUUCCAACUGAUCCUGAUUUAUUGGUAGUUGGUUUCUCCUGUGUUGAUUUCUCUGCGCUCAACUUUUAUCGCAAAACUCUUGAGGAGAUGGGGGAGUCGGGUCAUACGUUCUACGGAGUACUACGGUACAUGCAACGAUGCCGCCCAGCAUUGGUUGUCCUAGAAAAUGUGUGCUCUGCCCCCUGGGAGCAAAUCAAGACCAUUAUGCAAGAAAUCGACUACAGUGGCUACCAUAUGAAGAUCGACUCCAAGAACUACUACCUCCCACAGACACGUGAAAGAGGCUACAUGAUUUGCAUCGAUCAGAGGAAAAUGGUGACAGAGCCCGUAGGAGAUAUCAAAUCAAAGAAGCCAUCCGCUUUCGCGCAGAUGAUGAAGAAGUUGGAACGCCCUGCAAGCUCUCCAGUUACCCAAUUUCUGCUACGUAACGACGAUAUCCGCCUCCAGGAUGCAGUUAGCGAUAUAUCCGUGAAUUCAACGAAGGAUCGUCAAGCAGUUGAUUGGACAAGAUACAAGGCCCGCCACCUCGGGUAUCGAAUGAGAGAAGGUCUUGGGGAUAAACGGCCAUUGACUAAAUGGCAAGACAACGGAGCCUGCCAGAUGCCAGAUUUCUAUUGGCAUGGGUGGAGCAGAACACAAACCGAACGUGUCUGGGAUACUCUCGACGUUAACUUUUUGCGAACUAUAGCACGGGGAUAUGACAUCAGUUUUAAAUCCAGGGUCAUUGAUCUCUCUCAAGGUUUAGACAGGGAGCUGGACCAGAGAGCAUCUGGUGUUGCGGGAUGUCUAACGCCCCGUGGGCAGCAUUUCAUAACCUCUAGAGGAGGUCCGCUUCUCGGGAUCGAGGCUCUCGCACUACAGGGAAUUCCAAUUGACAAGCUUUUGAUCAAUAAUGAUGGCCAGCGUGAUUUACAUGACCUGGCAGGAAAUGCAAUGACCUCAACUGUAGUAGGAGCUGCUAUUAUAAGCGCUUUGACUUUAGGCUAUCAAGCAUUACCACAUUACUCUACUUAUUCUAAUCUUGAUAAUUCUGAGGUCGUUACCCAGCCGCCUUCCACCACACAAUGCCACGAGCUGAUACCACUGGUGACAAAUACCACAGGAGAGAGCGCUAUCUCAGUAAUGGAUAUAUAUCAGCUAGCUCUUAGAACCUCUCAGUUGUGCUACUGUGAUGGUCAGAUGGGGACGCGAUCGGAGAGUAUUCUUGUGUGCACGCUCUGCGAUCAUAAAGCAUGCUCGAGGUGCGGAAAGAAUCCUACACAUUCCUACAAACGUGUAGAUGCAGAUGAACUGAAGCAGCGUCUACCUCCGAUAGAGUUCCAAACGCGGGUCAAAACUAGACUGCCUAUGCGCCUCAUUGUUAGUGGUAUAGACGUUGACAUGUUCAGUCGUUUCCAAGAGCCAACUUUAUCACCAGAUGUUACCAAGGCUUGGGAUGCAUUCAUGGCUGCAAUUAAACCUGCUCUUGGAGAAGUUCUUAAAUUCCAAGGUGUAACCAGGCAGCCUGCAUGGGCUAUCACUUAUGAAAGCGCCAAUUCUUUGCUAAAGCUCAACUGCACCACAACUGGCCUCCAAUGGCUACUGUAUGCUAUACCAAGAAAAACAGAGCCAAGUAACUCACCACUUCGGCAAAUCCUAUCUUAUCCAAUUGCUAAAAUGGUGCCGAGCGGUGCAAACAUACUAGAUGGAAUAUGGCAAAUUGGGUCUCCUAUCAGCUCACAGUUUGACCUUCUAGUAACAGGUGGUGGAGGGUUGAUAGACUCCCUUCCGUCCCGGUCUGGCCUGCAACGCCCAAACUUUCGAAAUCUGAAAACUUGGUCUGUCCUUCAUAUAGAUGCAAAAGACGGAGAUAUGAGUAAAUUGGAAGCUGAUAUUCGUGGCGCUUAUAAGCUGCUGCCCGAUUGUGGCACUUCCAGUGGGAGUUUACGCAAGCGACUGAAUUCUCCAGGCGGCCCGAUUUAUUUAUUUUUGGAUCCUACAGAAAUUGGACCCCAUCAGUUGGAUUCUUGGGUAUUCUCAAUAGAUCACGAACGAUUAGAUUUUGGGCAAACAAGGAAUAUUAUAGCCGAGAUUCGCCCAAAUUGGAACCCAUUGUAUCUCAACCAGGAACAAGAGAUUGUUCAAUGUUGGUACCGGAAAUGGAGAGAAUCAGCGGAAGUUUCGUUGAACGUUUAUCAAACGUCACCUCCUCCACAAUAUUUUAUACCAGGCCCUUUAGAUAUUGCCGCAUCAUGCAGCUUCACUUGUGACAAUUCUUAUUCUGCUGUGCUUCAUUGCUCAAUUCCAGCUGAUUCUGCGGACAUAGGAACAGCAUUUGGAAUACCAAAGCAAGAAAAUUUGUUAGAAUCUACCUCCAUGCUCCGAAAAUUUGCAUGGAUAUUGCGGAGGGCAAUUGGAAUUACGCAGUUCGAAAAUUGGGAGAAUGUUGAAAACGAUAGGGUGUGCUUUGGCCUAGACUGUUUAACAUGCGCUCCUACGAAGCCUCGCUUGGCUUGGGCCCUCGAUGAGAAGGAUCGCGUAUAUGCAUAUGAAAACCCGGAAGAUGCAGCCUCUUUUGAAAGAAGCAUAAAGAAUAGACCUGCACCGUUUUUGGGAUUUACAACUUUUGACGAGCAUUCAGUGUUUCACCUUCGAAUUUGUCUUAAUAUCUUGAGUCUUCUUCAUCGGGCAGUUGGCAACCUGGGCACAAAGGAGAAUGUUUCUUUGCAAUGGCGCCUAUGUAUAGAUACAACGGGGUUUAUCCCGCGGCGGUUACCGAAACUUUUGGAGCGAGACAACAAAUUGGAUAUUGAACACGCCCAGCCCCCAAAUUUCAAAUACUAUCAUUUACGACCAGAACAACUGCGCUCUCUCCAAUGGAUGUGCCAUCAAGAAAGCGACAAAGCCUCAGCAUUUGUUGAGGAAGAAGUAGUUGAGGCUCUUCUACCUACUAUCAACUGGCGGGCAGAAGGUAAGGCUUCAAUAAGGAAACUGAUACUUGGAGGGAUCCUUGGAGACGAAGUUGGAUAUGGUAAGACUGCAAUAUCACUUGGUCUUAUUGAUAUAUACUACGAAAAGGACCGUGCUAGCGUUCCAAAACUUGUUAAGGGAAGAAUCCCUAUCAAAGCAACAUUGAUUUUGGUUCCUGGUCACCUCUUUGACCAAUGGAAACGAGAGAUACAAAAAUUUUUGGGCAAUACCUACAAAGUUUUGGAAAUUAAAGCAAAUUCUUCGUAUGCUUCGGCUACAAUACGCGACUUUGAGGAAGCGGAUAUUGUCUUGGUAUCUACAUCAAUCCUGAAGGGAACAUCUUACUAUACUGUGAUGGAGUGUUUUGCAGCUGCUCCCGAGCUACCCAAGGGGGAAGGCCGCAUUUUCGUGGAAUGGCUCAAAGAUGCCCUUCACUCCCUGUCAGACCAAGUCGAUCGGCUUAUUACCUCCGGCGCCACGUCUGUCCUAAGCAAUAUUCAUGAUAGGAAAGAGGAGCUUCAACGAGGGAAUGGCCUUUCAAAAUAUAAACCAUCAAAGCGGUUGAAAGGGCAAAAAUUUCAGGAGCAUCUUGUGAAAAUGCGACAGGCUGCUGCUGCCAGUUUACAUGAGACUACAUCAAUGGAUGACAUAAGUGGAGACAUGAACUCGGUGACUGUUGAGUUGGGAAAAAGAAAGAGAGAAGCCUCCAUCAUUGCCCCUGUGGCAGAGAUUCCGCAGGAUCUAAAGAAACAAAAGAAGGACAUCCAACCCCAACGGAAGGAUGGAGGAGUUUCUGUUGAAAUAUUCAAACUUUGUAUUGAUGAAGACGACGGUCGGAAGGUUGAUAAUGAGAGAUUAAGAGUAAUUCAACGUGAGAAGACGGUGACCCGACGAAGUAGCGUAUGGCACCAGAGAAGGCAUCAACUGGCCCAAGAGUUCUUAGACCAGUUCAUGAGGAAGAAUGUACCUGAUAUAGAUGAAAUUCCUUGGACCGAACAUAUCAUUGGAGUAUCCCUAUCAGCAGCUGAACGUGCAGUUUACCUGGAGCUUUUCAUGCAACUUAUGUCUCAAAAUUUGCGUCUCAGGAAACAUGGACGAGGACUUUAUGACUCUGAGGAGAUCGCUCGUCUAGAUGAAAUCAUUGGAACCAGCAGCGGCCCAGAAGAGGCGUUAUCUAAAUGUUGCUCUUUAUUUACAUUCACAGACUCUACACCUCUUCCGAGGCCCAUGUCACAGGAGAAACCUGGAACAACGCAUGAGGAAGACAAUCCUCUCAUGUCCAUAAGACGUAAACAAAUUGGUCGUCUUGCUGCGGAUAUUAUCUCUCAGUUGAAAAGGGCCUUAUGGCUCCGUCAGCAACUAGAUGAAGGGACAGCACAUUUUGAUAGACUACUGGAAGGCAUUCAGGAGGAUAGAUUUGGGGAUCUACUUGUUACUCUUGGUAUUAAAAUGCUUCUCCACGAUACAACAUUGAAGUCAACUCCGGAUGAUGGUAGUAUGUUCUACCUUACGGCACAUGAGAAGAAGAACCAUCUGGACGAUCCAAGGCCUGAGUUUCCUAAGAAUCAGACGGAGCUUAUCAGCGAUCUCAAUUACUGUACUGACAUUCAUGAGUACCGAAUCAUCAGAUGGGCUGAUCUAUGCCAUUUUGACUACAAUGCACAAGACAGAGAGCUUGCAAAGUACGGUAGCUCAAAGUUUACAGCAGUUAUCAACCUAUUGCAAGAUACGAAGAAAAUUCCAGGCGAUGACCAGGUUCUGCUCUUCAUUCAAUUCCCUGAGUUAAUGGAUGCAGCAGCAACUGCACUACAACUAGCAAAUAUACCUCACAUCGUUGUCCAGCCAGGAGAUCGAACUCCAGGAGGUAAAAUAUCUGAAUUCCAGAACGGAAAGGAAACAGUUAAAAGUAAGGUGUUGAUACUGAAUCUUGGAGAUGUAACUGCAUCAGGACUGAAUCUACAAAAUGCAAAUCAUAUCAUAUUUUUUGGUCCACUGGUUGCUCGAUCACAGUAUGACUAUGACUCUGGAAUGGCUCAAGCAAUCGGACGCUCACGCCGUUACGGUCAAUUAAAACACGUACAUAUUUACCACGUUUUGGCUCUGAGAACUGUUGAAGUAAACAUUUUUGAGCAACGGAGACGACAAUAUCUUGCAAAGAGGAGCGGCCACUUUGUUACAGUCGACAAGAGCGAGAUUAGAGACACUGAUGAGGUUGGCUGGCGAGGUUUUCCAUUAGAAGGAUCAAAUGCAGAGAAUUAUGACGAUUUUGAUGAGAAAUAG